GGUUCCCCUCACUACAACACAGGGGUCUUCUGAGUGAGUUUCACUAACAAAGCAGGCUCCAAAAUGUCGGGGGAGGUGUAUCUCCUGUGGCUUAUGUCGCUUUUACAAACGCUGUCGGCAUACGGUGCCGAGCUGUCGUCGGAAGCGUGCAGGGAGCUGGGCUUCUCCAGCAACCUGCUGUGCAGUUCCUGUGACCUGCUUGGGGAGUUCAGCCUCACCAAGCUCCAGCCCGACUGCCGGCAGUGCUGCCAGCAGGAGGCCCAGAUGGAAGCACGCAAGCUUUAUGCUGGAGCCAUCCUCGAGGUGUGUGGAUGAAAACUGGGGAGGUUCCCUCAAGUCCAAGCUUUUGUCAGGAGUGAAAAGCCGAAGAUGUUCAAGGGUCUUCAGAUCAAGUACGUUAGAGGCUCGGAUCCUGUACUAAAGCUUUUGGAUGAUAACGGGAACAUCGCUGAAGAACUCAGCAUCCUCAAGUGGAACACAGACAGUGUGGAGGAGUUCCUAAGUGAGAAAUUAGACUGGAUAUAGACACAAGUCCGACCUUUUUUUUUUUUUUUUUUUUUAAAGUCUUUAGCGAACAGGGAGUUCCUCCAAAUUACAAAGAAAAACAUCUCACUACUUGUUCUUUCAUAUAGCUGUGCAGAUAGUUUGUGUUUAAUGUGCCAAGGGUGUCAGAUGUCAGACUCUGAGAUUUGUGCCGCCUCUUUCAGGUGAAUUAAAUUUUGUUUCUGGUGUAAAAUAUUUAUCAGCCACUUGUCUUUUCCCAAAACUGUGUUGAUUACUUUACAUUAACCACCUCACACACUGUCAACAGUAUUCAUUGGAACUACUUUUAUACUAAAGAAAUAGUCCAAAUGAAAACUGAGAAACGGGAAUAGUUUUUGGAAAGCUAUGCAGCUGUAAAUGUAAUUUUCCAAUGUUUUAAGGUCCAGAGAUGAAAUUCCAUUCACCUCCAUUGUAUUUAUGUUGCAGCAGAAAUCUCAAAAGACAGAUCUUUUAAAACUUGAGCAAAUUAAAUGAAAACUUACCUGCAUCGUGUGAGACUAAAGGGGCAAGUUAGAAAAUGUUUUCUUGUAGUUUGGGUGAACCGACCCUUCAGGUAUUUACCAAUUUGUACACAACUCGGCCUUGAUAGAUGGUUGUUACAUGACUGUUCUCUAUGACUGUUUUUGUAUAUGAAAAUCAUGAAUUUCUUGUCUGGAUUUUACCAAAUAACUUGUAUUAUGUGAGUGUGAGAAAAAUCAUAAAUCACAGAGCCCAGAAGGGCAGGACACCCAAAAUAAUGAUCAACAUUACAGAUAAAUCAUGGAUGGAAUUUGUUUGAGAAGACUGAUGUAACAAUAGUACAUCAUGACCUGUUUCGUUGUCUGUUUGUGGGAGUUUCUGUUUCCCCCUCUGUCUGAUAUUCUUGUAUAAUUAUUUUUUUAUAACGCUCAACAUUGUGACUGAUGGGAUUUGUAGCAAGACUGAAUGGAUCAUAGUAGCUUUCCAAAUGCGGAUGUCUUUGUGGAGGCACAUAUUAGUGAAGACCUCACAGUAAACCAGCGCCGGGAUGUGAAGUCUGAUGUAUAUUUGUGUUUAUCUGCAUCUUCUGCUUUGAAGAGAAACUGGAUAUAUUUUGGAUGCUUGUUUUUGUGGUGGAGGUUUAAAUAUGCAACAAUAAACAAAGUCUCUGACGGUU